CCUUCCUCCGCUCGGCCUCAGGCCCCCUGCGACUGAGCUCGGCGGAAUGAGGUGUGCGGCGUGUGUGUGGAGCCUGUGUCUCCUGUUGCUCCUCUCUUUCGGGGGGACACAGGGACAAGGCCACAGCGCACAGGCGACCAACUUUACCAGGCCCGUGUUUCUCUGUGGUGGUCAUCUGGUUAUUGAUUCUGGGUAUUUGGCCAGCGAGGACUUCCCCAGCCACUAUAAACCCAACCGGAAGUGUACCUGGUACAUCACAGUCCCCGAUGGCCACGUGGUAAUGCUCUCCUUCCGUAUCUUCGACCUGGAAGCGGACCCGCUCUGCCGCUAUGACUAUUUAGAGGUGUACAACGGACACUCGCGCACCGCACAGAGGCUGGGCCGGUUCUGCGGCACCUUCCGGCCUGGUGCUCUCAUUUCCACCAGCAACAAAAUGAUGGUGGAGAUGGUGUCGGACUCCAGCACGGGAGGCCGUGGAUUCCUGGCCUAUUUCAGUGGGGGCAAACCGCACAUGGACGAGCACCAGUUCUGCGGAGGACGGCUGGCAAAGGCUCAGGGUUCUAUCAAGACACCCAACUGGCCGGAGUCAAACUACCCAGCAGGCAUCAGUUGUUCCUGGUAUAUAAGCGUUGAGCCAGGCAUGCUUAUUGAGGUGAAGUUUGACAAGUUUGACUUGGAGGUCGACAGCUACUGCCGCUAUGACUAUGUAGCGUUCUUCAAUGGUGGUGAAACAGAUGACUCCCGUCGCAUUGGAAAGUUCUGCGGCAGCGAAGUCCCACAAAACAUUGUGACCAAUGGAAACAACCUCUUGGUCCAGUUUGUGUCUGACCUAAGUGUGACCUCAGAUGGCUUUAUGGCAAGCUACACCAGCAUCCCCCGUGGAUCCAUAACACCUUCAGCAGGGAAUGACUUCAUCCAGAGACCCAGGGUAUCAUUGGAACCUCCAAGAAGGGGUGUUAAACCCCAAAAACCUGUUCGUCCCACCAACAAACCCAAAUCCAGACCCACUCCUACAUCCAUCAAACCAACAGCAAAGCCAGGAGUUAGAGCCAAGCCCCCACCAAAGCGCAAGCCCACCCCCAAACCGAGAACCAAUACCAAUGCCCUGCCUAAGCCUGGUACCAAAACUACUCCCAAACCCAGAAUUAAACCUAUUCCCAAACCCAAACCCUCUCCAAAACCCAAAAUCAAACCAACUCCUAAACCUAAAACCAAACCUAUUUCCAAACCUGAAAAGAAACCCAUUCCAAAACCUCGUACCAAGCCCACUUCCAAACCUACAACAACCAAAAUCAUUGCCAAACCCAGAACCAAACCUACACCUAAACCUGGAAGCAAAAUCAUUCCUAAACCUGGAACAAAAGCCAUGGCAAAGCCUGGUACAAAACCCAAUUUGAAACCUGGGAUCAAACCCACCCCUAAACCUAGAAUGAAACCUAAGAUAAAAGUAAUAAAAGAGUUGAACAAGCCUGGCUUGAAUCAGACCAAGUCAACGGAGAAGCAAUCCUCAGCACCCAAAAAGUCCUUUACAGUAAGCCCACUGUGUCCUAGGGCAUGCAAAACCAAUAACACUCUCGAGGCCAGCUUUUGCCCCAGCGAGUUUGUGAUCACAGGGAAGGUGACCGAGGUGUCCCCCGGCCCCAGGGGUAGCGCGUCAGUCAGUGUCUCCGUCAUCAAGGCUUACAAGGCCGGCCGACUCUCCAUCGCCCAGAUGGGACUGGCCAUGUCUGUCCAGCUGAGGUCCACCUGCAUGAAGUGCCCCAUACUGCGCAGAGGGAUGAAAUACAUUCUGAUGGGUCAGGUGGAUGAGGAGGGGUAUGGCGUUCUGGGCCCCAGCAGCUUCACUCUCCUUUACAAGGCACCACAUCAGAAACUUCUAGCCAGCCUUUCCAGCCGACCUUGCUGACCUCACAGGCCAGUUGAGCGGUAACGUACAGUAUCUCUAAAGCCUGGCGGCUCUCUGCUGCCCAGACACUGGGUGGGAAUGACACCAUAACAAGGAUCAAUAGUAAGGUAAAUGAUAAGUGAAAUGAAAGCUGGGAAACAGUGAAAUAAAAAUAAUGUAAUUGGAUUAAGAAACAUAAAAGGUAAGAAGGUUUUAAAUGGACACAGACAAAAAAUGAAAGCACUGGUGACUACACCACGCUGGAGUAUACUUCUCCAGAGCGAAAAAGUAGUGGGAACACGACACCACAAAUGUUCAAGGCGAGAGCACAAGAGACAAAGUUUCCAGGUCAAAGAUUGGCAUAAAUCCCUGUCCAUCAUCCAAAAGGCAAGGGUGCUCAUCAAAGUGUCUUGACAUCUUGAACUCCACAAAUGGGACCGUUUUCUUUUUACAUAUGUAAACAAAUAUCAUGCUUUGUAUUUGAUUUUAACUUAAGAUUGUCAUAACCAAAGGAUUUGUAACAAAUUCCACUACUUGUAUGUACUCUUUCACUGAUUUCUGAAAUAUACUUCAGUGCCA